AUGUGCGCUUGUAUAUUUGUACUGUGCGCUUUCUAUUCGUUUGCCCACAACGGAAUUUUUGAUCCAGAGGCAUGUCGAGCAGUUACCGUCGCUCAACAUUUUUUCUUUCUUGCUAUUUACUUCUGGAUUAUGCAAGCUUUUAGAUUGUUGCAAGGGGAAUUUAGCAAGAUUGUACGAGAUUAUAGUCAAGGCAAAGAUGGUGAGAAAGUACACGCAGAAGUUGAAGAGGUGCCACUAUAUGGAACAAUUAUGGAGAUGUACUUCAUCGCUUAUGGUAUCCCGCUGAUUGCCACGUCAACUGUGUUAGCUACUGAUACUUUAUCACACGAAAGUUCACUAAAAUUCUGCUUUCCUUCGUCAAUGAUGCAUAUUAAAAUAUUUGCGUACGCCGUUUAUGCACCCCUGCUUACUUGUACCGUCCUUACAUUGGGAAUGAUUGUCAUCAUCUUACGUCUGCUUAUCACAAUUAGGCAUUUAUCUGUUAAACCUAUAUCUCAACAAUAUGUAGACAACAAAAGUCCUGAAGAAAACACCACACAAGCUCGGGAUGAGAUUACAUCUGCUGAAUUCAGCAAGAGGGCAAACGCAGCAAAAACCCAAUUUUUAUGGUUACUACUAAUAGCAGUACUGUAUUCACUAGACUGCUAUGUGGCAGCCACUCAUAUUAAUCAAUUAAAUGACUCGGGGCUUUCGGUAACAUCCAACUCUUACUUCAAUGCACUAUUCAACAUCUUACUCGCUCUUGCCAUUUUUUAUCCAUUCAUGCUUGAAUCGAUAUGUAUGAUAGUGCUUAAAAGUCGUGAUUCAAGCUGUUCCGCAUGCGUUACAAAGCCGUUCGUUAGUGCGCCGUACAACAACGAAGAACGUAUUGUGCCGCUGGUACAAAGAGGGUCGAUCGCCGGAUGUUUUGUUGAAGGAGGAGAGUGGGUGUGA